AUGAAUGGGUGCGAGAAAGUGUGGGAACCGAAAGUAUACGCCGCCCAUGUCGAACAGAGUGUAUUUGAAGAAGCCAUGUGUCUGGUAAAUAAGCCUAAGGUGGGCGAGGAGCUUUUGAUCGAACAAGAGCACGAAGCUGCGCAGGAUCGGGAGUUUCAUUACAUAGCUGACCAGAUGCUGCCACUGAGAUGUCCAGAAAUGGGCCAUGUACUUGACGAGUCGUUUGAUGUUUGCUUCUCACUGACCUGCGCGAAUCCGAACCCGGGAGAGGUUUACAACGCUUUAGAUGUAUUUUACAAAAUCAAGCGUAAGGAGCGGUCGCAGCAGCUGAAGAAGUACUGGGGUACGAUCAAACUGGAUGAAAUGGCCAAGAAAAAGCUUACAGAACGGAUACAGCCACUUCGGAACCAACUGAAGCCAGAGGGUACAUACAAGUCUGUGGCAGACAUCAUUGCCUGA